CCCCACAGUGCUUCCUUCUUCCAGCCUCAAUUCGGUGAAUCUGUGACACGACAAUGUCCUCCUUAGCACCGUAUCACGCUAGAUCAAUCGAGAAAUCAGCUCCCUCUCUUCCUCUCCGAUAUAUAGCACCCGUGGCACUCGAUCUGCCCCCUUCUUAUCUGCCUCCGUCUUUUCUUCGUCUCCUUUGACUUGCCUUCCUUUCACCCCGUCUCAUACACACGCACAGGCAAACGCCAGAGACAUGAUUAAUAUAAUGCACAACCCUAACGAACUGCUCAACAGGUUUGGGAACAAGGGUGGCAACACGCGUUCCCCGUCUCCGACACGGAAGACCAUCAGCAGCUCCAACCAGUUCCGUAACCGCAUGAGACCGCACGCUGCUCCGUUCGACAAAAGUGCAAAAACGCCCAAGUUGAUGCCACUUCAAGACAGCUUCCGAAGCAAGGAGAUGAAAGACGUGGCUUUUGAAGUCACUGUCGACAUCGACGACAACGCUCAAAAUUUACAUCCGUUAGACGAACCUUUCAUACUACGAAAUGGGAAACCGAUAUACCCCUCAGACGCCUCUCCGACCCGUCUGAACAAGGCCGCAAGGACCUUGAGCAAUGACAUCAAGAUGGAAGAUGUGAUUUCACUUACCAAGAGCGUUUGGAAUCUAGCGCAUUCCCUCCUGCUUGCGUUUUGGAACAUCGACCUGUACUUCAACGUCACAAUAUCAGAAAACUCCACAAUGAAGGUCCACAUACCUACUUUGGUAUUUUCCCUCGUAGUGCUAAGACUUUUCUUCUCUAUCUCCACAUCUGGGCCUCACGAAACAUACAGUGCCCCGGUCAAGCACUCCUCAUCUUCAAGCUCUUCUUUUGUCAUAUCUACACUCGUCCUCCUGUCAGCUGCAGCUUACUGGUACAACUACUGCCACCGCUCAUCAGACAACUCUACUUUCGUUACUUCCCCUUCAAGCUCUAUUUCAGAAGCAGCAACACUCACAGACAUUAUAGAUAAAGCUGCGGCCAUUCCAGAUAUAGAAAGUACAUCAUACAGUGACUCGGACACUCUAGUUAGCUCCACCAAAAGUCAACCAAAUACCAUAUGGUGUGACGAAAGGCCCAUCGCAGAGCACUUUGAUGACAAGACAAUCAGACUUGAAACAAUAUUAAAUAGAAACAAAGUGCCAAUCGAAAAAGAUUUUCAUCCCUUACAUCGCCAAGAACACAAGCAAAGACACCCAAGAAGUAAACUAAAAUUAAAUUUACCUCUUGAUAACAUCAAAAGAAAAACUGAUGAUCCUGAUCACGGGUUUCAGGAGAUGACCAAAAUAAGAAGACAGGAAAUGCUAAAGGCAUUCAAUGCAUGAAAAAGUUGUUAUCUUAAUCAUUUUGUAUGAAUUAAGUAUGUUUAAAAACAACAAAAAAAGGCUCUAUAUAAAUUCUCUAUCAGCUUUUUUGUUUAUCUAAGGAAUCGUAAUCAUAAAGUUUGACCUUGUAUCUAUCCAUUUUCAUAUUUACGCCAUCAUUCGAAUCAAUCGUAACUACAGGUUGUCUAGCUUUUCCCCACGAAAGGGUAUCGUUAAGGUCUAGUAUCUUAAACCUUGGCUUUCUCUCUGUGUAUUUGACAUAUAGCUCUUGGGCUAAUCCAUUUUGCUCCUCAGCAAUUAAUCUUCUAAUCACAGUUUCGCAUGAUUGAUGCAUGAAAUGCGUUUCAUGUGUACUAAUCAUAUAAUCUAAUGUGGAAUCAAUGUCCCUUAUUUCAUUGGUCAUGGUGGAAUAAAGUAAUUCUGCAAUGACAGAAUUCGUAACCUUA